CGCCCUCUGAUGAUGAAGUAGAAAUGGAUGACGAUCAAGAUGGCGGCCUCCAUAACAAAUUUCGCGCGGAGAUUUUAUAACACCUGUAGGCAUUUACGGAGAUUUACGUCCACAAUUGGGCUCAGGCCUGUUCGACAACUAUGUACUUCUAUAACGGAUGAUGAUGUUGGGAAACUUAUCACAGAUUCAGAUUUGUGGAACGAGUACAACACAACGAAAGCUUACUGUGAACAAUUUGCGUUAAAUCACUGCAUCAACGUGGAACCCAAGACAGUAUUUGCCAACAAUGAAGUCAAUAUGUCGGACAUUGAAGUGUAUGGGUUUGACUACGACUACACGUUAGCGUGCUACACCAAGCACUUACAUUAUCUCAUCUACAAUCAAGCCGUCGAGAAUCUGGUGGAGAGAAAAAUGUUUCCCCCAGGAAUCAAGAACAUGGAGUACUCGCCAGAGUUUGCAAUAAGAGGUCUGCAUUUUGACACAAAGAGGGGUUACUUGUUGAAGAUUGACGCCUUUCAGCACAUACAGCUUGGAACUGUUUACAGGGGCAAGCAGCCAGUGAGUGAUGAGGAAGUGAGAGCCAGUUACCAAGGAACUCACAUCUCUGAGAGUUUGAUGACUCCGGGGCCGGUGAGUCAUCCCAUAAAGCAACUCAUGGAUCUCUUUGCGAUACCGGAGAUGGCGCUGCUUGCCAAUGUCGCAGAGUAUUUGACGGAGAAUGAAAUAGAUUACGAUCCAGAAUACCUCUUCACUGAUAUUCACAAUGCAGUUAAAGAAGUUCACAUCUCAGGAAUUAUGCACAAAGAAGUUGUGGGAAAUGUUGAAAAAUAUUUGGAGACGGGGACCGGUAUUCCAGAGUACAUCAAGAUGCUUCACGAAGGAGGCAAACAGCUGUUUCUGAUGACAAAUAGUCCGUUCCACUUUGUAGACGAGGGAAUGAAGUAUUUACUGGGCCCAGAUUGGAUCGAUCUCUUCAACGUCAUCAUCACCCAAGCACGCAAACCUCUCUUCUUCCAGGACACAACAAGACCUUUUCGCUUCAUCUACCGCAAGACAGGCAUGCCAUCUUGGGCUCGCGUCACCAAAUUGACAAAAGGCAAAAUCUACUUGCAGGGUAACAUGGAACAGUUUUCCAAGUUAACUCAGUGGGAUCCUUCCACCGUGCUCUAUUUUGGCGACCAUGUUUACAGUGAUCUUGUGGAUCCAUGUCUGAAGAACGGAUGGCGGACGGGCGGAAUUAUCCCGGAGCUAGACGAUGAGAUUGCGAUCUGUAACUCAGUCCCAUUCAAGCAUGCACUGACUUGGCUCGUGCUGCUGCAAGAACUCAUACAGAAACACCAGGUUCAUACAGAUCCUGGUUGCCAGGCAGUUGUGCAGGAAUGGUUGAGAGAAAGAACCCAAGUCAGGAACACAACCAAGUCGUUGUUCAACCCCCAGUUCGGCAGCGUCUUCCGGACCUUCCACAAUCCGUCCUACUUCACCUCUAGGCUGUGUCGUUUUGCUGACAUCUACAUGUCCUGCCUGGGCAAUCUCAACUCCUACUCCUUGACCCACACCUUCUACCCGCGCCGGUCGGCCCUGCCCCACGAGCUGAGCUACAGCAAUGUCUUAGAACUGUAGGGUUAAAUAAAGACAACUGGGAAACAUUUCAAAUCCGAGGUAUUUUAUCGGGUAUAAGUUGCAGGAUUCUGAACAACUUCUCAAUCUUUCAGCAAUGAAGUUAUCAGUAUUGGUGAGUCAAGCAGUUGCUGAUGGACAUUUCCUCGGAAGAUGUCCCGGACAAAUGCAGAGCUUCUUCCGGACAAAGUGAAUGAUUCUACUUGCAACUUGUCCGGGAACUCGUCCCAGAUAAAAGUUGAGAUGGGUCCAAAGCAGAAAAUACAGCUCACAGUAAAUGUUCUUGCUAAAAAAACAGAAAUCGGUAGGGAACCAGUCACAAUCAAUGGCACAUCACCUUUUCUUGUUGCUAAGGAAACUUUUGUGUGUUAAGCAAAUUUGUGUGCUUAGCAGUUUCAUAUAAUUAGCUGUGGUGUAUGAAUGGGCUCUGGGCAUGCAAUAUGGAGAGUAUUGGCCCUCAUAUGAGGGCCAUAUGAGGUUCAUCUAUGACACUACUUUUGAAUAUGAAGUAGGUUGCAAUAAAUGUGAUGUCACAUUUUGCAUUUGCGCCAAAUGUAUGCCUACAUGUACAUCCCUUUUUUUUGACUGCGCUUCCAAGCAACAUGAUGUUACUAUUAAAACAGUGAUUGCGAUGUCAUGAAAAUUCUAUCCAUAGUGAAUAUUGCCUCACCAUAUGUACAUGAGAUGCAGUGAAUGCGACGAAAUUUGUAAUAAAAUAAUGUGCACAAUGCAUGGGUUGCUUGACAAAAGCCUAGCUCCCGUAUGCAAACAGUAAUGUCUGCAUGCUUACCACUACCAGGCUUAGUCAGGCACAGAAUUCAAUGUCUGGCUGAAGUGAAUAAUCUUCUGUGGGGUUUCCUUGAUAUGAAUAACAAAUGUUACUGGUGCUAGCUAAUAGAAAAUUAAAGGUAUUCAAUUUUAAGUUUAUAUUUAACCCACCGUGUCUUUUAUAUAAACUGUCUCGAAAAUGCUUCAAUGUUGUACUUAUUAGUGGUAUAUCCAAGCUUUUGAGCUGGGUAGAAUUUUUUAUCCACUAAAAUUCUGAAUUACUGAACCCCUUAAAUUCCCACCUUUUUUCUGGGGGUGAAAUGAAUGCCCAGUACAGCGAUCACAAAAGCUUAUCAGGAAAUGUAUUUGAAAAUCAAUUCCUGAAGCAUUUUGAUUGAAAUUAACAAAAAAAAAAGAGCCUCCUGCCAAACAUAUUGGAUACUUCACUGAACUUAUGUACUUCUAUGGUGUUUGUAAUGUAUAUAUGGAUAGAUUAAAAAUUUACUGUACAUAAUUGAUCCCUUCUUAAAAUCAAUGCAUGGUUUGAUCUUUGAAGAAUGUAGAUAUUCUUAUGCAAUGUACAAGUGUAGAACCUUGUUUAGCAAUAAUUUGUGGAACCUUUUUUAGCAAUAAUUUGUUAUAUUUUGGUAAUUGUCCUGCAUAAAAAAAUGACCAUUAGCUGCCCUGCCCACACAAAUUGCAACAUGCAUGGAUUUCUGUUGGUUGGUGUUGGAAGCUGGUGUUUUCCAAACUAAAUAUGUAAUAAUUCAAUUAUUCAAAUAUCCAAACUUGUCGGACUUGUGGUGACCCCUUUCUGAUCAUUUGUUACUCUUUUAUUAAUUUGCCCCAAGAUUUAUUCCUUUGACGCUUAGUGUCAAAACAGAAUACAAAGAGGUAUGGAUACCGAGCAAGUAGCAUUGUUUUGCAUGAUUAGUAUCAUACAAACAAUUUGAAUCAACUGUCUUGAUUUCUUUGUUAAUUUAUGCAAGCUUUCAUCCAUUUCAUAAACGUUGUAUUCUACAAGUAAACCUUGUGCAAUAUAUAUUUUUAAAUUUUAUUUUUAACUCUGCUUUUAGUGAGUUACAGUUUUUAGAUAAAAGCUGAAGUUCUAAUGUAAUGGAAAAAGUGUUGAUUGUUGUUGAAUAUAAGUGCCCUGAAGAAAAAAAAAAAGGAAAACACAA